CAUACUCUACCAACCCAUAACUUCAACCUCCUGUCUUUUUAUUCCACCCAAAUCACAUUCAAGAAACUACACAAAAAGCCCAGAAAAACCCAAAUGGCGCAUCAUCAAAAGAUAGCAUCGAUCACAAUGAUUCUAGCAAUCACAAUGGUGGCUCUAUAUGGUGGUGCAACAGCUCAAUCAUCAGGGUGCACAAGUGUGCUAAUUAGCUUGUCCCCAUGCCUCAACUACAUUUCUGGCAACACAUCAACCCCAUCAUCAGGAUGUUGCAGCCAACUCGCGAGUGUAGUCCAGUCACAGCCAGAGUGCCUGUGUCAAGUCCUUAAUGGUGGUGGCUCAUCUUUGGGUCUUAGCAUCAACCAAACUCAGGCUCUUGCAUUACCCAGUGCAUGCAAUGUCCAGACACCACCAACCAGUCGAUGCAAUGCUGCUUCUCCAGGCAAUUCCCCUUCAGAAACCACACCUUCUUCGGGAACCACACCUUCGGAUAAAGGCAGUGAAACGAACAAUGUGCCAUCAACAGAUAAUGGUUCAUCAGAUGCAUCUUCAACUAAAUUCGCAACCAUUCCUAUUGUAUUUACACUACUUUUUGCCGCAUAUGCUAUGGUGUUCUAAGUUAUUAACUACUAUAUAUUAUAAUGUAUACUUAUUUUCCUUUGAUUCUUACAUCUUUUUUAUUAGCUAUAUUGUGAGCUUUUCCAGGGAUAUUGUAUGUACGAAAUUUUUUUAUGGCAGACUUUGUAUUGCUUCGGAUAAAUUAAUAUGAUUUUCCUGAUAUUGAAUUUAAAUCA